AUGACGUCAUUGCCGUCGGAAGGUCAGCCGAAAUCAACUUAUUGGGCUACCUUGCGGGGCGCGGCCUGGAAUCAAAAGGCUCAAGCGCAGUUCUCAAGCACUUGCGCAUCUUUGCAUCGCGCGGGUGACCUCAACGACAAAAUCGUCCGGUACCGCCAGUUGCUCAACACGGGACUCAUUACCGACGCGGCCCCCAAGUACACACACGACAUCCUAGAUUUGCAUAAGAUUAUUGAUGGUUAA